AUGACAAACCCCGCACAAAAAGAAGUAAAUAUAUUGUUACUUGGAGAGACUGGUGUAGGAAAAUCUACAUUUAUAAAUGCACUCUAUAACUAUCUUAGAUUUGACACUUUAGAUGAUGCAUUAUGUGGGCAUAUGGAAAUACUAAUCCCAUCAAAAUUUACAGUAACAGACGAUAAUUAUGACCUUAAAACUAUAAAACUUGGAGAUGAUUCAAACGAAAAUUUAGAAAAUGUUGGAAUGUCAGCCACUCAAACAUGUAGAGAAUAUCAAUUUGAAUUAGGAGAUGUAAUUAUAAGAUUUAUUGAUAGUCCAGGAAUUGGUGACACAAGAGGAGUUGAUAAAGAUAAGGAAAACUUAGAAAAUAUUCUUAAAUUUAUUAGCAAUUACGAAUAUCUGAAUGGCAUUUGUGACACAUUACCUGCACUUAAGGAGCAACUCCAUAGACUUGAACAAAGAUCUGGUGUUGAAAUAAAGACAAACAAAGAAACUAUGUACUGUUUUGACAAUGAAUCAUUUCGGUUUCUAGCUGCAUCUAAGAAUGGUGUAAACUUUGGUGAAAUGGAUAAAACAAGCUUUACAGAAAGUUGGAAAAGAUCUGUCGCUGAAUCUGUAAGACUUCUUCAAUAUCUUGGAUUCCGUGACCCUCAUAAAGUACAAGAUACUUUAACACUUAAUGAAGCUAGAAAGAUAGUAUUACAUCUUGCUAAACCUCUUGCUAGUAUAGAACAGAAUAUUAAUCUAAUUAAAGAUCGACAAAAGGAGAUUGAUAGUUGCACCGAAUCUAUUAAAGAUCUUCAAAAAAGACUGUAUAUCCCACAGCAAUUCCUCGAAACAAUAGAACUAGGAUAUCCUAGAACUGUAUGCACAGAGUGCAACCGUGAAGUAGUGAAUGGGAAAGUAAACUACAAAUCUCAUUGUCACAAACAUUGUUAUUUGGAUGAGGUUGAGACUGAAUUGCUUAACAAUGCGAAAUUAUUGAAUUGUUUGGCUAUUCAAUAUAAUGGAACUUGUCGU